UAACGGGACACCUGCAGCACCGACUUACACACUCUGCUGUUAGUUUCACACUUGGAAGGUGUAACUCGACGUCUGAAGCGGCGGGUUUAAUCCUUUCUGUGAUUCUUUACGUUUUUGUUUCUUUUCUUCCAUCAGAGCGGAGAAGCAGCGAUGGGGAAACUCUGCGCAGUGAUUUCCUGUUUGCUGCUGAGUGUGGGAGCGGUGACGUCCCAGGGAGCUCAGACUCAGAUGAGUGAGCGUCUGGUGCCUCAGUGGCUCACCGGGCUCAUCGCCGUUACCGGCUUCCUCUUCCUCGCCUUUGUCGGCGUCCUAGUGAAGAAGGCCUGGUGUGAGGAGCCAAGCAGGAAGAAGACGUCUGUGGAGUUGGUGGGAGAUAAUGAAUUUGUCAACGAAAACACCUGCGAGACCAGUCUGGACAUGGUCAGGAGCAAAGAAGACAUGAACACUUACGACAACCUGGUGAUCAACGGCACUGAAGAAAAAGUUUCCGCCAUGUGACCGUCCCGCAAUGAUCCUAUUGGCUGUCUGAACAUUGUCCUCACUAACUCUGGACGGAGACACAUGAAACACACUUCUUUGUAUAGAAAUGGUGUCUUUGUUUUGUCGUACCUUUUGUCCCCGGCGGGUGGAGCUGAGAGUCAGAUAUUUUUUUGUUUUGUUUUCUUGUUUAUUCAAAUUCUAUCAUUUAGUAGAAAGUGUGAGAUUAUAUGAAUAAUGAAUCAUAUUUAUUGGAUCGGAGGCUUAAACUAGAUCUAUAUAUUAGGUUCUGUGUUUGCAUGUUUUUCAGUCACCUCUUGAGAUUCACAGCAGUAAACCAGGAAAAGCAGCAUCUGUCCUGUGAUCCUGAUUAAUAGGUUAUCUUUCCAAACCAGCUGCUGUGUGGGCUCUCAUUACUGAUCAAUGAAAGUAUGUCCUGUGAUUAAUAAUUAAACACCGAGUAAAGUCUCAUUUUACAAAAAACAGUUAGUUCAAGUGUUUGUAGUUCACAGUCUGUGGUUAGUUCACAUGUCUGUAAUCACAGCAGGACAGUGGAGUGUCUGUGGUUAGUUCACAUGUCUGUAAUCACAGCGGGACAGUGGAGUGUCUGUGGUUAGUUCACAUGUCUGUAAUCACAGUGGGACAGUKGAGUGUCUGUCGUUAGUUCAAGUGUCUGUAAUCACAGCGGGACAGUGGGGUGUCUCUGGUUAGUUCAAGUGUCUGUAAUCACAGCGGGACAGUGGGGUGUCUCUGGUUAGUUCAAGUGUCUGUAAUCACAGCGGGACAGUGGAGUGUCUGUGGUUAGUUCACAUGUCUGUAAUCACAGCGGGACAAUCCUCGCCUUCGUUCCUGGAGAGUUUAACCACCAGAAACCUGUAGGUGACACCACAGACUGUGUUCUCUCACACCUGUACUGGACCACACACACCUGAAGAAAGCACAGACUAUAAUUAAUUUACAAGAGACUCUAGCAACGUUUAUUGUGCUCUCUUUACAUUUUAAUAAAACAGAACAAAUCAAACAGAGUGGACAUCAGAACAGACAGAAAGAUCAUUCACAACAUUUUCCACACCAGCUGUCAGAGUCACAUCAGAGCCAACAGAGAGCCUCUUUGGAUCAAUAUCGAUAAAAUGGGAACUCAGAUCAGUUUGGAGACGUCAGGUGAUGGACUGAUGGGUCUGGAGAGGCUGAGCUGCAGGUUUUUUUGAGCAGCUUAAUACUCUUCUGUAGUUUUAAUACUUACAAGUGUCUGAUUUACAACUGCUAUUUCUGCUCUUUCCUCAAAAAUGUAAUCUCUGAACUAAAAGUACCAUCAGAGCCUGACUAGUAUAUUAUUAUAUAUGAUCUUCUCCCAGAUCUCUCGGUAUCAGUUUUCAUAAAAGGAACGAGAGAAUAGCAGAUUUGAUUGAUGGAUGUUUGCUGCGUUUGAUGUCUUUAAAGGGAAGUUAGCAUCGCGGCUCGCUGCACUGAACAACAUGACGAAAGGUGUGUUUGUUAUCACACCGUCCUGCAUCGCUUUCCCCAAGAACUCAAACAUGGUCGUCACUGAGUAACUUAAGACGCCUCGCUGAGACAGAAUGAACAUUACAGGAGGCGGGAAAUGCAAGCGUCACUGUAAUUUAACUGAUCUAUGUAGGGCAUGGUGACCAUGGUAACCAUGGUGAAACGACAGGACAUGGCCUGUAACAGACAUGGACGCUCAGCAGGACAAAGACAACAGAGAAAGACGAAAGCCUCCAGAGGGGGCGGGUGCAGAAGGGGAGGCAAAUAUACUGUAAGAGAUCGCACUCCUUCUCAGAGUCAUAACAUGAAACACAAAUUAUAUCAUUCAAAUUAUAUCAUUCAGUGCGAUUUACACUUCCACAGGAUAUCAUUAUCUCCAAUGUCCAUUCAGAACAAAUCUCCAUGACUCCACUUAGAAAUUCACAGAAAUAAAGACGCUGCAGAACU